UUCUGGUGUUAUUCUUCAACAUUGGGGAAGCAAGAACUCCUCACCGGUCAACAGCGGUAUCAACAUCAGACUCCCACAUCCCUACUGCACAUGGUCUAACCACCGAGGAGAGAUUUUACUAUUAUACUAAAAUCGAAGGCAUUUCUGGUUCACCUCGGCCCCCACUGGCCAGUUCUAAUUGGAACCAUUUGUUAUAGAUUUAUGGUUGGGAAGUUUGUUUUUAAUUAUCCUGUUCCCCUGGGUUCUGGAAUCUGUGGUUAAUAUAAAGGUCAUGUAAGUUCCCCAAGAACCUGUGUUCUUCUCAGCAUGGAGGAGCCUUUCAGGAUGGUUUCUCUUGCAGAUAGCAGGCUGUUUGAUGAGCAAUGUGGCAUAUCCUAUCGAUUAAGCCAGGUAGGGCCACAGUGGUCUCAGGCAAAUUGUUUUUUAAAGGAAAGCAGGUGGGGGUCAGCAAGAGAGGCCCAGUCUACAGAAUUAGGCCCUUAGCCUUCUGUUCCCACCGCACAUGUCUGCCUGCCACCUAUCAGGAAGAUUUCAAUCUUUGUGCUCCUCUCAGGAGAGGCUGUUGGACCCCUAAACUCCACCCUCCCUCGGGCCACUUAGCACUGGGCGCUAUUACUCUAUCACUUAACAGCACCUUCACCAGCGUUCUCGACCCACACACGCCACGGCAGGUCGGGGGCUCACAUAUUCUAGUAUGUGGAGCCAUCCAGGAGCUGCUGGCUGGUCACACGUGCCUGGGGAGAAAAAGGGCACGGUUCGGAGGCCCUCAGUGGCUUCCUGUCCCUGCAACUCUUUUGAGUAGGGUCGCGGUCCUGGUUUUAGGCCUCACUGAACUGGUCAUUCUGGCUGCUUCUGGCCUUUGGCUCUUGGCCUUUUGGUUCAGCGCGCAAGAAGACAUCUUGGCAGGUGCAGAGAAGGUCACAUGAGAGUCUGGGGUAUAGGAUGGAGUCCAAGGGCCCGGCAGGUGGCCUGCAACUUGUGGGGUGCGCAGACUCAGAACUUGCCUAGAGCAAGGGGGUCGGGGCCCUGUUCCCCGGGUCGAAGACUAGUGCGGUCGCGGGAGCCCGGGGGGCUAGCGCAGUGGCUGCAGCCAUCCUUCUGCCUCCGUCCCCAGGCACUGACUCUGCAGGCCGGGAGGUUCCGCGGACAGAAACCCGCGACCCGCACCUCGUGGCGGACCGAGAAGAUGCAAAGUGGGGCGGCCGGCAACCGCGCGGAAGCCUGGGCAGCAACGGGAGGAACUCUCGGGGCCGACGCGGCCGCGCGGGAACAGAGGCGCGAACCCUCGCUGAGAGCGGACCAACCACUGCGAACACCAGGAGCCCCGCGCUCCGCUCAUUGGUCCUGCCGGAGGAGGCGAGCGCCUGAGCGCGCUAAUCGAAUGCCGGAGGGGCGGAUCUCCACGAAGCCGCUCUGCCAGAGCACGCAUGCGCGGUAUGGCCCGCGGACCGUGAUUGGCGGCGCUGAGCAGCGGGGCGGGGCCACGGCACUGACAGUUGUCGGGGGGAGAGGGCGAGUCGAGCCAGGGGGAGGGAGUGUAAAUAGAGUGAGGGCGGCGUGGCGGCGGCCCCGCCACCUCUGGGCGACCCGCGAGGAGCCCGAGGGAGAUGGACGGAGAUGAGCAAGAGCAGCGGCGCAAGAAGGUGGAAGCCGGGAGAGCGAAGCUUGCUCACUUCCGACAGAGAAAAGCAAAAAGUGACUGUACGCAUUCGAAGAAAAAGACGUCGAAGAGGAAGGGCUCGGCUGUCGAUGCGCCUGUCCCGGAGGAGGAUCCGGUAGCUGCCCAGGACGGCAGGCCCCUUGGAGCAAGGGAUCUCAGCAGAAGCACGGCAUGCAGCCGCACCACAGAUGGGGCCAGAGGGGCACUUGCAGCUCAGGAAGAAGAACAAGAUUGUGAACUGGCAAGCAGAUCCGAGGAUGAGGCUGCCCAGCAGCAGCAGCCUCAGACGGCACCCAGCCUGGAGCUGGAGGCGCUGCGUCUGAGCCUGAGCAACAUGCACACGGUGCAGCUGGAGCUAACGCAGGCCAACCUGCAGAAGGAGAAGGAGACCGCACUGACUGAGUUGCGGGAGAUGCUCAACGGCCGGCGUGCGCAGGAGCUGGCUCUGCUGCAGAGCAGGCUGCAGUGUGAGCUGGAGCUGGUCCGGGAGCAGCAUGCGCAAGAGAAGGAAGCGAUGGCACUCCGCUGUGGGCAGGAGACUGCGGAGCUGAAAGAGAAGCUGCGGUCAGAAAUGGAGAAAAGUGUGCAGAUGGUUGAGACCCUAAAACAAGACUGGGAAUCUGAAAAAGAGUUAUGCUUAGAAAAUCUACGCAAAGAAUUAUCCGCAAAGCACCAGUCAGAAAUGGAGGAUUUGCAAAACCAGUUUCAGAAAGAAUUGGCAGGACAGAGAGCUGAGUCGGAAAAGAUUUUUCAAGCUAAAAAUCAGGCUGAAGUCUCCCUGAAGAACCUGGAGGCUCAACACCAGGCAGCCAUCAAGCAGUUACGCGAGGACCUGCAGGUGGAGCGCUGCCAGUGCCUGGAAGACCUGGAGUCGAGGUUCAGAGAGAGGGAGAGAGAAAAGCAGCUGGAGUUGGAGAAUCUUCAAGCAUCCUAUGAAGCCCUGAAGGCCCAGUCACAAGAAGAAGUCAGGCGCCUGUGGUCCCAGCUCGAGUCUGUGAGAACCAACAGAGAGGAGCUGAAUGGGCCUCUGGAGCCACUGCUGACACGAGCGUCCUGCCUGGAGGAGCUGGAGCACCUGCGGCAAGGCUUUGCUCAGCAGCAGCAGCGAGACAGGAGCCAGCAUGAGUCUGAGCUGGAGCAGCUACGGGUCUAUUUUGAGAAGAAGUUGAGGGAUGCUGAGAAGACUUACCAGGAGGACCUGACCCUGUUCCAGCAGCGGCUGCAGGAGGCCAAGGAGGAGCCCCCUUUGGGGUCUGGUGAAGUCAGUUCAUCCUGUACAUUUUUAGAAGAGAUGUCUUAUGGAAAAAGAAAAGAACACUCUGAUCAACUUGACCUUCGUCUUGAGCGGCAGAAGAUGGGGCCAGCGUGGGAUUCCUCCCUCCACGUCCAGCAUGAGGACCAGCUGGACAGAUGCCUCCUGGGACCUGAGGUGUUGGAGCUAGAGCCACUCCAAGCUGUGCCUUCAGACCAGCACAGCCAAGAGACCGAACAGGUACAUCACCAGUGUGUGCAGGAUGUGACCUUGAAGGAGGACAUGCAGGUUGCCGCCAGAGUUCUGGCUUUGGAAGCUGAGCACAAGGUCAGACUGUCUCUUCUACAGACUGAACUCAAGGAGCAAAUCGAACUCUUAAAAAUAGAAAACAGAAACUUACAGGAGAAGUUGCAGCACGAGACCCGUCUGAAAGAGGAUCUGGAGAGUGUAAAACGUAGUUUGUUAGAAGAUCACCAGGAAGAACUAAAUAAAGCUGAGCAGAAGGUUCAGCUACUGAAACAAGAGUUCAGAAACAAAGAAGUGGAGUGGGAGCUUUUACGCGAGGACCUGAGGAGAGAAGCUGAGGAGAACUUAGCCUCAGUGUGCCGUGAGCUAAAAGAAAAGGCCGAGUCUGAGAAGCAGUCUGCUGUGAGCAGGUUUGAGCGUCGGGAAGCUGGGAUGAGGCACCUGCAGGACCAGCAGGCCGCACAGAUCCUGGCCCUGGAGAAGUCCCUGGCGGAGCAGCAGGGCCGCCUGCGGCAGCUGGAACAGGCCCUUGCUGGGGACGAGGCUCUGCCCUGCAGUGGGUGCGGCCAGGACCCCCCUGUAACUUCGGAUGGGCAGUGUGGCACACUCCUCCAGGGGAAGGAAGAGUGUGCCCUUCAACUGAUGCAGGCUCGGAACAGGUUUUUGGAGGAGCGUAAAGAGAUCAUGGAGAAGUUUGCUGCGGACCAAGAUGCUUUCCUGCGGGAUGCUCAGGAGAAGCACGCCCACGAGCUCCAGCUCCUGCAGCAGGGACACCAGCAGCAGCUUCUGGCCUUGAGGACAGAACUUGAGAGCAGGCACCAGGUGGAGCUGGCCGAGCUGGUGGCCACCCUGGAGAGGGAGCAGCAGGUGCUCCUCGAGGCUCGAGUGGCCGAGCUGCAGAUGAAACACACUGCUGAAAUCAGUGCUCUGGAAACGAGACAUUCGUCAAGCCUGGAUGCUCUGGAGUCCUGCUACAUGUCUGGGGUUCAGGCCAUUCAGGACCAGCACAGGCAAGCUCUGGAGCUUUUGCGAGCAGAGCUUGAGGAACAGCUGCAGAAAAAGGACUCUUCUCACCAAGCAGUUUUGACUCAGGAGUUGGAGAAACUUAAGCUAAAACAUGAGAAGGAGCUUCAGUCUGCCAAGGAUAGCCUGAGAAUGGAAAUGCGUGCCGAACACACAGAACAGCUGAAAGCCCUGGCCAUGGAGCUCCAGGGUGCGCACCAGGCUGCAUUGGAGAGUGAGCAGGAGCCUGCUGCGUGUGAACAGGAGAGUGAGCAGGCGCGGUCUCUCUGCCAAAGGAGGAGCAAGCCUCUGCAGCCCCAGGAGGACAGCCAGGUUCAGCAGCUGAAAGGCCAAGUCCUGUCCUUAACCCAGGAGGUGGCGGAGUGCCGGGCUGAGCUUGAGAGGCUACAGCAGCGCCGUGAGAGGGAGAACCAAGAGGGUGCCACCCUUGUCUCCAUGCUCAGGGCGGAUGUGGACCUGUCUCAGAGCGAAAGGGGAGCGCUCCGUGAUGCCCUGAGGAGGCUGCUGGGUGUAUUUGGAGAGACGCUGAAGGCCGCAGUUGCCCUGAAGAGCCGGAUUGAUGAGCGCCUGGGUCUCUUCCUGGACCAUGCAGAGGCAGGCCAAGCCCCAUCAGCAGCUCCGCCCCUGGAGGAGAUGUGGUCAGAUGCAGCCCUGCUAGAGUUGGACAGAGCUUUGCCUGAGGGUGCAGAGAUGUCUUCGGUGGCUGAGAUCAGCAGUCAUGUGUGCGAGAGCUUUUUCAUGAGCCCUGAAAGUACGCUGGAAUGCGAGCAGCCAAUCAGAAGAGUCUACCAGAGCCUUGGCAUGGCCGUGGACGGCCUUUUGGAGAUGGCGCUGGACUCCUCCAGACAGCAGCUGGAGGAAGCUCGUCAGAUUCAUUCUCGCUUUGAGAAGGAAUUCAACCAUAAGAACGAGGAGACGGCACAGGUCCUGCAGAAGCACCAGGAGCUGUUGGAGUGCCUGAAGGAGCAGCGGGCGGCCAGGGCCGAGCUGGCACUGGAGUUGCACAGGGCUGAGGGCCUCCUGGAAGGGUUCAAAGUGGAGAAAGCAGAUCUGCAGGAGGCACUGGGCCGUAAGGAGGAGUCGGAGCAGCAGCUGGUCCUGGAGCUGGAGAGCCUGGGGCGGCAGCUGGACCAGGCCGCCCAGGAGAAGGCAGCCCUGCAGGAGGAGCGCUCCAUCUUGUGGAGCCAGAGGGAAGCUUGGGCUGCUGAGGYGGAAACAAGAGAAGCAGGCACUGCGGUCAUUGCAGCGCCCGAGAACCCAGCACUGAAGAAAGAAGUGGAAUCUCUAACCAGGGAGCAGGUGGAGGCCAGGGAGCAGGCAGAGAAGGACCGCGCAGCCUUGCUCUCCCAGGUCCGGCUGUUAGAGUUGGAGCUGGAGGAGCAGCUCUCGCAGCACCGUGGCUGUGCCCGGCAGGCCGAGGAGGAGGCUAUGGCCCUGAAGCAGCAGCUGGCUGCCCUGGACAAGCAGCUGCGUAGCCAGCGGCAGUUCAUGGACGAGCAGGCUGCUGAGCGUGAGCAUGAGCGUGAAGAGUUCCAGCAGGAAAUCCAGAGGCUGGAGGGGCAGCUCCGCCAGGUGGCCAGGCUGCGGCCCCUGGGCCCCUUUGACAGUCAGGGACGUCAGUGUGCACAGCUGGAUGAGGAGAUUGAACUAUUGCAAGAAAAGUUGAGAGAAAAAUCGGAUGGAUUUAAUGAGUUGGUUAUAAAGAAAGAGUUGGCAGAUAGGCAAGUGUUAAUCCAGGAAGAAGAAAUUAAACAUCUGGAGGAGACAAACGCCAACACCAAAAGACAGGUGGCCCAGCUCCAGGAAGAACUGGAAAAACAGAAAAAGAUGGUGAAAAAACUACAAGAAGAAGAGGCAGUAAAGGAACAGCAGAGGAGUGACGUGAUACUGGUGCCGCUGCCGCAGUCUAGGACCCCCGAGGGCAGGUGUCCCAUGCCUCCAAGGGGCAGCCCCCGGGAAGGCCCGGAGGUCCUGUCAGAGGCGCUGCAGAGGGCCCUGCUUCAGCACGAGAGCCAGGUUUUGGACUUAAAAGAACAACUAGAAAAGAUGAAAGAUGACCUAGUGAGUAAAAAUGAAGAAAUACUACAUCUGAAGUUAAAACUAGAUGUGCAGAGCGACCCUGUGGCCACCAGCACCCGGGGGCUUGACGAGGAGAGUGCCGGUAUCAAGGUUGAGUACAGCAGAAGUUCUGAGGUUGAAGAGCUGAAAGCCAUUAUUGAAAAUUUGCAAGAGAACCAGGAACGGUUACAAAAGGAUAAAGCAGAAGAAAUUGAACAGCUGCAUGAGGUCAUUGAGAAGCUGCAGAGUGAGCUGUCCCUUAUGGGGCCCGUGGUCCAUGAGCUCAGUGACAGUCAGGUGGGCAGCCUGCACAGUGAGCUUCUCUGUUCCCAGGCCCCAGGCCCCGGAGGGCAGGUGCUGCAGGCUGAGCUCGAGGCCGCACGUGCUGCCAAGGAGGCCCUGGGCCAGCUGUUGGCCGACCAGGCACGUGGACAUAGCGAGGCCCUGGAGGCCCUACAGCAGCGCCUGCGAGCAGCAGAGGAGGCCGCUGCCCGGCAACUGGCUGAACUGGGACACAGUGUGGCCCUGAGGGAGGCUGAGGUCCAGGGCAUGGCUUCCCGGGUCCAGGAGCUCGAGGCCCUCCUGAAGGCAAGGGAGGCCACACUUGUGCAGAGAGAUUCAGAAAUCGGUGCUCUGAACAGGAGCAGAGCAGCACACUCCGCGGAGCUGGAGGCCGUCCUGCUGGCCUUGGCCCGCUUCCGCUGCGCCCUUGAACAGCAGCCUCGGGCUGCCCCGGAGGAGCCUCCUGAGCUCCAGCGGUUACGAGUGCAGUGUGUCCGCCUCAGCCGCCAGCUGCAGGCGCUGAGCCACCGGUUUCUGAGGUGCCAGGCGGAGCUGGGCAAGCAGCAGGCCUAUGUGGACGCAGAGGCUGUGUGUGAUGACUGGCUGGAGCAGGGGAGCGGAGGCCCCCACGGCCAAGGCCCACAGGAUGAUCUGCAGCCUGCCAAAGUCUUGGUGACACUGAAGGACACUGGUUUCCACAAACCGGAAAGUGCAGUGUCGUUGCUCACAGUCUGCCAGAGACAGCUGGAGGCAGAGCUACUCUUGGUGAAAGAGGGCAUGUGCUUGAGCCCAGAGGAUGUUGGCAGGGUGCCAGCAGGGAUGCAGGGUAAGAACAAGCGACUGGAAGAUUGUCAGCUGCAGAAAUUCAACCUCAUAGCUCAGGUGAAACAACUUCAGAAAAAACUAAACCGGCUAGUACACUCCAUGGCCUUCCAGGACAUGGACAUGGGGGGCCCUGAGCCCCAGCAGCCCUCGGCAGUGGCCAGCCUGUCAGAAAACGGCUCCAGUGAGAGUUCCUGCGAUGGAGAAGAGGCAGACGCCUCGCCUCCUGUCGAUACAUUUGCUCUCCCCACGACCCCGUGGGGUCUAAUUGGCAAUACUAAAGGUCGGGAUUCCUUGGUCAGGAUGGAAAUGCCUGACACAGAGGCACAGGACGAGGCACAGGACGAGCCCCUUUCCUCACGGACCAGUGAUCCCAGCGAGUCCUGCCAUGCCAAGGAGGCUGAGCCUGAGAAGGACCCUCUAGGGGUGCUGGACCUGUCCUCCUGGAGCUCUCCUGAGGUCCUCCGGAAGGAUGCGACCCUGGACCCCCAGCCCAGCUUCCCCCCGACACCCUGCUCAGGCGCUCUGAGCCUGCCCAGUGUCAUGGCCUCCCCCCAGCCCGGGGCAGACUCGCUGCUGCAGGCCGACAUGUCGGAGCUGCAUUGUUACCCGGGCGGCUCAGCAGCAGGACCAGCCCUGCAGUGGGCAGGAGCCCUUCCAGCUGACCACCACCACCACCACCACCACCCCAUGGAGAGCACAGCUGCGGAGAAGGACGUCGAGGACUUUAUCGCAACUGCUUCUAAUUCUCAAGACACACGAAGAUCGUCUCCUCUGGGGUUGGCAGGGGACUGUGACGGAAGUGAACACAGUGGCAGCCUGGGCUUUGGAAUGAUGCUGAGCCCAGAAUUGGGAAGACCCGAGGUCCCCACUGCUGGUCCUGCGACUCCUGCUCUCAUCUCCAGAGGGUCACAACAACCACCCGGAGUGAUGAAGGAGAAGGAGGUCCACCCCCUGCACAUGAAGGCUUUGCUGCAGAUGGUGUGUGACGAGAGCCACCAGAUCCUGGCGUUAUCGGAGAGCCGAGGCCUCCCCAGCACUCUGAGCAAGGGUGAGCCCUGGGCCUCCCUGGAUUACUUCUCCGGUGAGGGACAGGGCCUGCUGGAGGGGGCCCCAGAGAGAGGAGAGAAGGAGUCUUCUGAUAUGCAUCUCGACUGGAGGGGCCGGUUUCUGCAGGCCAUGCAAGAGGCAUUGGAGAGGGAGCGGGAGAAACUGAAGGCGGAACUGCAGUCAAGGCCCAGCGGCCCAGACCCAGUGGACUACAGCUUCCUGUUUGAGCGGCUGGAGAAGGUUGUGCGAGAGCAGGGAGACCUGCAGGAGAAGGCUCAGAAGCACCAGCGCCUGCAGGACAGGAGUAGCCUGCUGUCUGAGGUCCAGGCCCUGCGUGCCCAGCUGCGUCUGACUCACCUGCAGAACCAGGAGAAGCUGCAGCAGCUGUGUGCGGCGCUGACCAGUGCAGAGGCCCGUGGGAGCCAGCGGGAGCACCAGCUGCGCAGGCAGGUUGAGCUGUUGGCCUACAAGGUUGAGCAGGAAAAGUGCAUAGCAAGUGACUUGCAGAGAACCCUGAGCAAAGAGCAGGAGACGGCAAGUGAUGUCCGCAGACUCCUAGCACUGGAGCAGAGCGCAGCACAGGACUUGAAGUCGGAGAACGCGAGGCUGCUGGAGUCCCUUGAUGAGGUGCAGCGGGAGUCCCUCCAGCUGAGGUCUCUGCUGGACGGGAAGGAGAGUGACCUGAAGGCUGCACUGGAGGAACUGGAGUGUGAGCGUGGGAAGGAGCGUGUCCUCCAGGCCCAGCAGGAGGAGCAGCAGCUGCAGCACCUGCAGAGGGAGGGCCAGAGUGCCAAGGCCCUGGAGGAGUUAAAAAUAUCUUUGGAGAAGCAACAUGCUCAAAAUAAUCAGCUGUGUAUUGCAUUGAAACAUGAGCGGAUGGCCAAGGACAACCUGCAGCAGGAGCUGCAAAUUGAGCACUCGCGCUGUGAAGCCUUGCUGGCCCAGGAGCGCAGCCAGCUAUCCCAGCUCCAGGAGAGCCUAGAGGCAGAGAGGAGCCGCUCCCGGGAGCUGUCGGAGGCCUUGCAGCAUGAGCGGGUCCUGACGGAGCAGCUGAGCCGCAGCACGCAGGAGAAACCUAUGCAGCACACCCUGCUGCGGAAGCUGAAGGAGGAGAAGGCCCGCGUGCAGGAGCUCCAGGCCGUGCUGGCCAGGGUGCAGCAGCAGGCCCUGCACACCCAGCAGCAGCUGGAGGCCCAGGCCCAGGAGCACCGUGUGCAGCUCCAGAAGCAGCAGGAGCGGGAGCUGCAACUGCAGCGCCAGAGGGACGCGCACAAGAUGGAGCAGCUGCAGCAGGUGGUGCGAGGGCUGCGCGCCGCCGAGGAGGAGGAGGAGGAGGAGGAGGAGGCGCCCCAGGGUGAUGGCCCCCGCCCAGGCUCCCUGGAGUUGGACCUCCUGCAGGGCCAGCGGCAGGAGCUGGAGAGGAUUCGCCAGCAGCUGCUCUGUGCUGCUGGACUCUUGGCCAGCUUCGUCAGCCGCACUGUGGACAGGACGAUUCACGACUGGACUGUAUCCAACGAGAAGGCAGUGUCAUCUUUAGUGCAGACUUUACAGGGGCUGAAGUCUGAACUAAGCACGCCCACCUCCUCCCAGAAAACGGCAGCAAAGCUCCAAGUCCAGCUGGUGGACCUGCUGCUACAGGACAACAACACGCUCACCAGUGCCCUCAGCACAGCGGCCCGGGAGGAGGCGGAGCUGCGCAGGGUAGUGUCCCGGCUGGAGAGGACCUUGAAGCACCACGCGCAGAAGGGCUGUGUCCUGAGCAGGUCGGGCAGGUCUGCCUGGAAGCACGACAGGACAGUUCCACGGUACUCAGACCCUGGUCGGCCCACACUGGAUGCCAGCGAGGAAGCAAAUAUCUCCAGUGUCAAAAUGGAGAAGUUGUACCUGCAUUAUUUGAGAGCAGAGAGCUUCAGAAAAGCUCUGAUUUAUCAGAAGAAAUAUCUGUUACUGUUGAUCGGCGGGUUCCAGGAUUCAGAGCAGGAGACACUCUCCAUGAUUGCUCACUUGGGGGUGUUCCCUUCCAAAGCAGAUAAGAAGGGAGCCUCAUCUCGUCCUUUCACGAGGUUCCGCACCGCUGUCAGGGUGGUCAUCGCGGUUCUCAGGUUACGCUUCCUGGUUAAGAAAUGGCAAGAGGUAGAUCGGAAAGGAGUCCCACCACAAGGCAGAGCCCCCCGCCCAGGGCCCCGAGUGCCACAGCAGCAGCUGUGUCCACCAGAAACCAGACUGACCCCACCAACCCAGGAGGAGACAUCUGUCCUCGCCAGGGAUACUGCCCAAGGCUCUGGACCUGCAGCAGCAGCCUUUCCAAGCCGGAAGGAGAGAUCCGCUCCAUCCCCAAAUUCAAGAUCAGAAAGAUCUCUGGCUGCCUCUCAAGAUUCAGAACAUUCUUUGACAGAAUAUAUUCACCAUUUAGAAAUGAUCCAGCAAAGACUAGUGGGGGUGCAACCAGAUUCUACUUCAAAGAAAUCCUGCCGCCAGAAGACGAAACAGUGAAUAAAGUCCUGUGGCUCUUAACCUGUGGCCUUUCUAUUUGAGGAAAGGUGUUUUUUCCUAAGGAAAGCGCAUGUGACCAGGGCACUCCUCAUGAGCCCCUGAUGCCAGCCCCAAGUGCCACCAAGUCCCUCCUCGAGGCAUUGCAGCAAAGCCACAUGGAGCAGUUCUGGCAGAUCUCUGUGUUCCUGCUCCCAGCCUCCUGGCCUCUGCUUGGCGGCUACAUGACUGCCCCAGGCCUGUUGGCAGAGCCUCCCUGCCUCUUUGGGAGGGAAGUGAGGACAGCUUCCAGUUGUUUAGUUUCUUAAGUGUACAGAUGGGAACUUGUUUAAAGUUUUGAGUUUUAAACACACACAGGUGGGAAGGAACAAAGUGUAAGCCCUGUUCUGUUGUGAGCAGCCUGGUGCUGGUGUCUGGUUCACCCAGUGUGUGCUUCUUAUUGGCAAAAAAUGAAAAAAUAAAACCUAGAUUUAUGUCAGA